AUGAAGGCCAACGUUAUCGCUGCUACCAUUCUCGCCGCCUUCUCGGCUGGCGCUUUCGCCCAGGACAACGAGGAGCUCCCCACCGGCUUCCCUACCGACUUCCCUACCGGUUUCCCCACCGGCUUCCCUACCGGCUUCCCUACUCAGGUCCCCGGUGCCGCCAAGCCCUCCGGUGGCUUCCCCGGUUUCGGUGGCGGUUUCCCCUCCGGCUUCGGCGGUGCCCGCCCUACCCAGGUUCCCGGCGCUGCUCAGCCCUCCGGCGGCUUCGGUGGUGGCUUCCCCGGCUUCGGCGGCCACCACGGUGCCCCCUCCGGCUUCGAGACCCGCAUCAACACCCGCUCCGAUGAGGCUGCUGGCUUCGGCGCUGCCGCCGCUGAGACCGGUGCCCCCACCGGCACUGGUGCUGCUGGCGCCCGCCCCACCGGCAAGGGCAAGGGCAAGGGCCGCGGCAAGGGCAAGAACCACGGCACCGGCAUUCCCUCCGGCUUCCCCUCCGGCCGCCCUACCCAGGUCCCCGGUGCUGCCCAGCCCUCCGGCGGCUUCGGUGGUGGCUUCCCCGGCUUCGGUGGCGCCGAGCCCACUGGCUCUGCUUAA